AUGCUUAUCUCUCGCAACCCAUUCCAGCUCUCGGGCCGUUACGCCGACAGGAACAAGUGGGAAGUGCUGAACGGGCCGGGUGAUUCUCGGGCUACAGGCGAACAGAUCAUUCACGACGAAGGCCUGGUCAAUGCUUGGGGGGACAGAGUCGUUCUAAUCACGGGUGUUUCAUCCGGCAUCGGAGUCGAGACUGCACGGGUAAUGGCCCUAACAGGGGCAACUGUCUACGGCACCGCUCGGAAUAUCGAAAAGGCAAAGGAGGCGUUGGGGUCUCUACUGGAUACAGGCCGUGUGCAUCUGCUGUACAUGGACCAGACAGAUUUCUCCAGUGUGCGGGCCUGCGCGGACAGCUUGCGCAAGCAAAGCAACAAGCUCAAUGUGAUGAUCAACAACGCCGCGGUGAUGAACACCCCGGAGGGCCGCACCAAGGACGGCUUCGAGCUACAGUUUGGGACAAACCAUCUCUCCCAUUUCCUGCUCUUCUGGUGUCUGAAGGACCUCCUCCUGCAGAGUUCAACGCCUAGCUUCCACUCCCGCGUGGUGAAUGUCGCCUCCGCAGGCCAUCGCUAUGGGCCAGUUCAGCUGGAUAACAUUAACUUUAAAGGGAACUAUAAUGGUUGGUUGGCAUAUGGGUCAAGUAAGACAGCCAACAUUUACAUGGCCACCCAGAUCGAACGGUUAUAUGGAUCCCAGGGUCUCCAUGGAUACAGUGUGCAUCCCGGGGCAUUUGUCAGCCCGAACCUCCAAAAGCACUCGCAGGCGGAGGUGGAUGCCAUCCUGAAUGAUGAGAAGGCGCGCAAGUAUAUGACCAGUCUGGCACAGGCCUGUGCGACCUCCAUUUACGGUGCUACAUCCAGUGAGCUGGAGGGCCGGGGUGGGUUGUACUUGGAAGGGGCGUCAGUUGCGGUGCAUGCCUGCCCGCCUGAUGGAGACGCCCUGGAGUAUGGCUAUGGCAGUUGGGCGUUCGACAAGGAAAAGGAAGAAAGGCUGUGGGAGCUGAGCAAGCAAUGGGCCAAAGUGGGAUAG